ACUUCCACUGACGUUCAGUAGAGAGAGUGUGAGGGCCGAUUAAGGACUUAGUGUUUAUGUACACUUGUCAGUCGGUGGUUGACAGGAUUCGUGACCUGUGACAGUUAUCUUUUACUGUAGACUUGUAUUUGAAGUUGAACGACAAUCGUUAACGUUAUUCUGAAGAAAUGAAUUUGACAUUUGUGGUGUUCUUUGCUGCUAGCUUCCUUUGCACGUUUACACAUGCUGAGGAUUUUUAUGAGAUGCUUGGCAUCACAAAAAAUGCAGACCAGAGAGAAAUACGUAAAGCUUUCAAAAAGAAGGCUCUAGAACUGCAUCCUGACAAAAAUACUGAUGAUCCAGAAGCCCACAACAAGUUUGUUCGAAUGAACAGAGCCUAUGAAGUUCUUAAAGAUGAAGACUUGAGGAAGAAGUAUGACAUGUAUGGUGAGGAAGGCCUUGAAAGUGACAGGUCUGGACACCAGUACCACUCUUGGAAUUACUACCAUGAUAAUUUUGGUAUUUAUGAUGAUGAUCCAGAGAUCAUCACACUUAAUAAGGCAGAUUUUGAGCAAAGUGUGACAGGAUCUGAAGACAUAUGGUUUAUCAAUUUUUACCAUCCAAUGUGUUCACAUUGCCACACUCUGGCUCCAGUGUGGCGUGAAGUUGCCCGUGAGCUCGAGGGUGUGGUUAGAAUUGGAGCCGUUAACUGUGAUGAUGAUUACCAUUUGUGUAAUGCACAAGGAAUUGGCUCUUACCCAUCGCUUAUAUCAUAUCCAGCGAGGACAUUCUUCAGGCAAGAGAAGAGUAAAGAAAACUUGAUCAACUACAUGCUGCAAAAAGUGCAGUCUAAAACUUUCAGACUGAGUUCUGGCAGUUGGAAAACUGUAAUAUCAAGAGAAGAUAAUUCCAAGAAGCCUUGGCUUGUCAUUUUUUAUGAGUAUGCUGAUGAAGUAGAGGACUUUUGGAUUACGCAAACGAAACUUAGUGCUAUUUUCGAUGGCUUAGUUAAUAUUGGUGACGUUGUUUGCUCCCAAGACCAUAAACUGUGUUCCAAAUUUGACAUGAAGUCUGGCCUGAAGUUCUUUGAUGUUGAUAAAAUAGAAUCUGGUGAGGGAAAGCUAAUAUCUAGUCUCGAUGCCCAAGAAAUUGCUCGAGAGAUACUUGCUCUUCUCCCAGAGAUGACCCUGCUGGAUGAAUCCUCUUACAAAAACAUAAGGCAAAAGCUGGAUUCCAGGGAAGAGAAUGUGUCUUGGCUUGUCCAAUUUAGCAGCGGCAAUGACGAUGAUACACUUGAGAUCCGCAAAUUACCUGCCCUUCUCCCCUCUCUUAAUCUGGGGCGGAUUGAUUGCUCUACUAUGAAAGUGCAGUGUGAUGAUCUUUACAUUGCAAAGACUCCAACAUUUAUUCUGUUUAAACCUGGUGGCGGCUAUGAAUUACACCAUGUAAGAAAUAUGUGA